CUCCACCUACCUCUAAACUUCUGCUUCUUCCCUCUUCCCUCUUUGCUUCCCCUGUUUUCUCUAUUAUCUUUGUUUUCUUGCGGGUUAUCCGGUUUCCACACCAAGUUCGGGUUUAGCCCGGCCCAUUCAUUGAACCAUAUUUAUCUGAAACCUUUACCGUACUUCAACUUCCCAGACUUCACUCAAUACAGUUUUCUUCCGAUUGCUCCCUGCAACGGUCGCUUAAUCCUACUUCCAAAUCCGGCUAUGACCGCAGCUGGUUCAGCUUUCUCCCUCUUACUCGAAUCCCUUAACGUAUGUCCUCCUUUCCUUCACAAAACCCCCAAACUUCGCCGAACACUAUCCGCAGUAUGCGCCGCGAAGGAACGAUACAUGGAUGCCGAAACCAUGAACCCUUCCCGCCCUAUUAAACGCCCUAAUCGAAGAAAACCGAGCUCUUAUGGAACCUCCCGGAGAUCAGCUAUGAAAAAGAGCUUCUCACAGGAACAAGUAUACUUCACCACCCCCGUUUCCCACAACCCUUCAAUCGCAAUCAUCGGCGGUGGCCUCUCGGGCCUACUCUGCGCCGCUACUCUCGAGGAGAGGGGCAUUCGAUCUACUGUAUUCGACACCGGAAUUCAUGGCUUGGGAGGUCGAAUGGCAACAAGGGCAGUGGUCGAAUCCCAGCAAAAACUGGUAUUUGAUCACGCAGCUCAGUUCUUUACUGCUUGCGACGCGAGAUUUCAGAAUCUGGUUAAUAGGUGGGUAUCCGAAGGAUUGGUUCUUGAAUGGAAGGGCACGAUUGGAGAGCUUGAAGCUGGUGGACGAUUUACCCCAAUCCAAAGCUCUACUACAAAGUAUAUUGGCAUCGACGGUAUGCGUCCACUUGCAGAUUCAAUUCAUAAAGGUACUAACUUGGUUGAGAUUACUCGACCUUGCUGGAUCAGCAAGCUCGAACCUUGCAAUGGGAUGUGGCACUUGAGUGAGAACGAAAAGAACCGUGGUUCAUUUGAUGCAAUUGUUAUUGCUCAUAAUGGAAAAUGUGCAAACCGCCUGCUUUCUUCUUCAGGUUUGCCACAGCUCUUCAGGCAGAUGAAAAAGCUUGAGCUUAGUUCUAUCUGGGCACUUCUUGCAGCAUUCGAAGACCCACUACCUGUUCCUUUUGAGGGAGAUUUUAAUGCAUUGGAAGGAGCCUUUGUGAAAAAUAUUGAAUCUGUUUCAUGGAUGUGCAAUAAUACCAGUAAGCUUUUUCCUCUGCAGAGUAGUAAUGGUGCCCAUCAAUGUUGGACCUUUUUUAGCACAGCUAGUUAUGGGAGACGAAACAAGGUUCCACAGGAAAAUAUUCCUAAUGUCACUGCGGAAAAGGUGAAGACAGAGAUGCUUGAUGGUGUAGAAGCUGCUCUUGGAUUGUCUAAGGGAUCGCUUCCCGAACCAUUUUAUACUAGAGUUCAAUUGUGGGGUGCGGCUCUGCCAAUAAACACACCUGGUGUUCCUUGUAUCUUUGAUCCUUAUGGGCGUGCGGGCAUUUGUGGUGACUGGUUACUUGGUUCAAGCAUGGAAGCUGCUGCUUUGAGCGGAAUAUCAUUGGGAAAUCAUAUGGCAGAUUUCUUCCAAGGUGGGGGGAUUCAUCUGGAAGAGUUUGCUGUUGGUUUGCAUGAGGGAUUUAAAGCUGUUUCUGGCUAUGAUAUUGGCCAUUUCCCAGGUUUGGAUUCUGAUAAGCAAGUUAUCUGCGAUUUUGAAUGUGUUGCAUGAUAUGGUGUUGCUAUAGAAUGAAUUAUGUUUAGA